GUGAUCGGUUCAGUUCUACUCCUGCGGCAUAGUAAGAAUGAUUACUUCGAAAGCGUGUUACUUCCAGUUUAUAGUUAGUUUUACGAUAUGUUUUGUGUGUAUCGGUGGUUCAUUGUACAAAUUUCGUUGCAACAGUGGAAAAUGUACUAGACAACAUUCGAACUUUACCAGCGGAACUGAACGAUAUUUCGAUACACUAAACGAAUGCCGAUUAUUGUGUGGCGAGUACAGCUCGUUAUGGCCAAUACCAACCAAAGAACUACGUUUGGGAGAUCAAACGGUAGAAAUACAUCCUAACAGCAUUUCAUUCAAUUAUACGGACGGCUCUGACGAAGUUCGCGGAUUUUUGAACCAAACGCAGGAGAUUUUUUUGGACAAUUUGUUCAAAGAAUGUGGCCCUCGUUGCGUGCAUUCAACCGUGGUACCGCUGCAUAUCACUAUAAAGCUUGAUUCGAACGACUUAAGUCUCACAUGGGCAACCAAUGAAUCCUACGUACUGCAUGUUGCAAGUGAUAACAACAAAACCGAAGUCACGCUUACAGCUUCUAAUGUUUUCGGAGCUCGGCAUGGGCUGGAAACAUUAUCACAGUUGAUGGUUGCGAAAAACUAUGCCGAUGGUAAUUGUCUGCUAGUUUUAGCCGAAGCCCGCAUUAGCGACUCACCUAAGUUUGCCCAUCGAGGGUUUUUGCUCGAUACAGCUAGAAAUUACAUCUCAACAAAAGCCAUUCUUCGGCAGCUCGAUGGUAUGGCCUCAAUAAAAAUGAAUGUGUUACACUGGCACAUAACGGAUUCACAAAGUUUUCCUCUGGAACUAGUUAGUUACCCACAGGUUACAAAACAAGGGGCAUAUUCCGAAGACGAAUCGUACAGUCAAGCUGAUGUGAGGAACAUUUUUCAAUAUGCCAAACAACGUGGUAUACGAGUUAUUCUUGAAUUCGAUGCACCAGCCCAUGCGGGUAACGGUUGGCAGUGGGCUCCCUCAGCCAAUUUGGGCAAUAUUGCCGUAUGCAUCAACGAACAACCAUGGCGUCAGUUGUGCAUAGAGCCUCCCUGUGGCCAGUUCAAUCCGGCAAAUGAGAACCUAUACAAAGUGUUAGAUAAGGUAUAUUCUGACUUUGCUCAGCUCAUACCAGCCGAAGAAAUUUUACACAUGGGAGGAGACGAAGUAUUUUUCGGUUGUUGGAAUGCUACAGAGGAAAUCGUAGACUACCUGAGUAAACAAGGAAAAGGUCGAGGAGCGAGUGAUUUUUUGGACCUCUGGGCAGAAUUCCAAUCCAAAGUGCUUGAGCUUUGGGAUCGUGCUCGAAAUUCUCAGAUCCCAUCGCCCACGGUGCUGUGGUCAAGCCACUUAACCGAUCCAAGUGUUAUAGAGAAAUAUUUACCAAAAGAUCGGUAUAUUAUACAAACUUGGGUUGAAAAAAACGCCGAUUUACCAAAAAAGUUGCUAAAGAAAGGAUACAGGCUAAUCAUUUCGACCAAAAACGCUUGGUACUUCGACCAUGGCUUUUGGGGUGUAACAACUUACUACAAUUGGCGAAAAGUGUACAACAAUAAAAUUCUAAAUAGUAGUCUGAUUCUCGGAGGAGAAGCUUGCACGUGGACAGAAUUCAUCGAUGAACACUCUUUAGAUUCCCGAACCUGGCCAAGGCUGGCAGCAGUGGGAGAGCGACUGUGGGCAGAUCCAACGAUGGACGCAACCAAAGCUGAGGGUCGUUUCUAUCGUCAACGCGAUCGCCUCAUCAAACGUGGCUUAAGUCCGGAAGCAGUUACACCAUUCUGGUGUGAACAGAAUGAAGGAGAGUGUCGAUAGAAAAAAAAACAUUCUAUUAGAUAACUUGAAAGUGGAUUUAUGCCCGAGUUUCGGGACGAUUCAAUCUGACUUUCUUUCAGUUCUGUUUCGAAAUCCACGGGCAAAGCUAGUCGAUUUUUAAAUGAAAAUUGAAUAAAACAGAAUUUUAUUCGGGACCAGUGCCGUAGCUAAGGGCGAGAAUUAA